UGCUGCGCUGACACCGGCGGGCUGGAGAGCGGAGCUGCCUGCAGCGGGCAGCGCGCUUCCCUCCUUCCCUUCCCCGCCCCGCCUCGCCCUCUCCCCCGCCUCAAGCUCGCUCUCUCUGGAUGUUUAAGGCGAGGAUGAACAAACAGAUCCAGCCCGACCGCAAAGUGUCGGUGGUGGCCCCUUUGCCGGAGCGCCCGGGGCCGCCUCCCCCGCGAAAGGACGUGGAGCUGAUCCUGGUGAAGGAGCACAACGGCGUGCAAUACACCAGCAGCAACCUCCUGCCCGCCACCCCCGCGCCCCACUACGGCCCCCAGGAGAGAGAGACGUGGGGCAAAAAGAUCGACUUCCUCCUCUCCGUCAUCGGCUUCGCUGUGGACCUGGCCAACGUCUGGAGGUUCCCCUACCUCUGCUACAAAAAUGGAGGGGGUGCUUUUCUUAUUCCCUACAUCCUCUUCCUAAUCAUUGCUGGAAUGCCCCUGUUCUAUAUGGAAUUAGCACUGGGACAGUACAACCGAGAAGGAGCUGCCACUGUGUGGAAGAUCUGUCCAGUGUUCAAAGGUGUAGGCUAUGCAGUGAUACUCAUAGCUCUUUACGUGGGUUUCUACUACAACGUUAUCAUAGCUUGGUCUCUAUAUUAUCUAUUUUCAUCAUUCACAUUUGAGCUCCCUUGGACGAACUGCGACAACAGUUGGAAUAGCCCAAACUGUACAGAUCCCAAACUCUUCAACGCGUCAGUGCUUGGCAAUGGCACCAAAUACUCUAAGUACAAGCUCACUCCUGCUGCUGAAUUUUAUGAGCGAGGAGUUCUGCACCUGCAUGAAAGCCGUGGAAUCCACGACCUUGGCUUGCCUCGCUGGCAACUUUCCCUCUGCCUCUUGGUGGUGGUAAUCAUUCUUUUCUUUAGUCUGUGGAAAGGCGUGAAGACUUCAGGAAAGGUUGUAUGGAUAACAGCCACUUUGCCUUAUGUUGUAUUAUUUGUCUUGUUAAUACAUGGAAUAACCCUGCCUGGUGCAUACAAUGGAAUAAAUGCAUAUCUGCAUAUAGAUUUCAGAAGAUUAAAAGAAGCCACGGUAUGGAUUGAUGCGGCUACUCAGAUAUUUUACUCCUUAGGAGCUGGGUUUGGUGUUUUAAUUGCAUUUGCCAGUUACAAUAAGUUUGACAACAACUGUUACAGGGAUGCUUUGCUGACUAGCACCAUUAACUGUGUCACAAGCUUCAUCUCAGGAUUUGCAAUUUUCUCCAUUCUGGGCUACAUGGCUCAUGAGCACAAAGUUAAAAUUGAGGAUGUAGCCACUGAAGGAGCUGGUUUAGUUUUCAUCCUCUAUCCAGAGGCAAUUUCAACUCUCUCGGGAUCUACAUUUUGGGCUGUGGUAUUCUUCAUCAUGCUCCUUACUCUUGGCAUUGAUAGUUCUAUGGGUGGAAUGGAGGCUGUCAUCACUGGCCUGGCAGAUGAUUUUCAUAUUCUGAAGCAGCAUAGAAAGCUCUUUACCUUUGGUGUUUCAUUUGGCACUUUCCUUCUUGCUCUUUUUUGCAUCACCAAUGGUGGAAUUUAUGUGCUCACGCUUCUGGACACUUUUGCGGCUGGGACUUCAAUAUUGUUUGCUGUCUUAAUGGAGGCAAUUGGAGUUUCCUGGUUUUAUGGUGUAGACAGAUUCAGUGAAGAUAUCCAACAAAUGAUGGGCUUCAAGCCAGGCCUCUACUGGAGAUUGUGCUGGAAGUUUGUUAGCCCUGCUUUUUUGUUGUUUGUUGUAAUAGUCAGCAUAAUAAACUUCAAACCUCUGACCUAUGAUGACUACACCUUCCCUCUCUGGGCAAAUCGCAUUGGCUGGGGAAUAGCAUUAUCUUCAAUGAUACUUGUGCCUGCCUAUAUUAUCUAUAAAUUUAUGAAUGUGCGUGGGACCUUUAAAGAAAGACUAGCUUACUGCAUCACACCUGAAAAUGAACACCAGCUCGUGGCCCAAGGAAAUGUCAGGCAGUUUAAGCUUCAACACUGGCUAACAAUAUGACAACCAACAGGUUGAGGAAAAAAAAACCAAUAUGUGUUAAAGCUAAACUGGGAAUACAGAAAAGUCAAGUUCAAAGCUCCCUCAAUGAUGCUUGGACCAGUCUGGCUCAGAGCUUACCUACUGACUCUUUGAGGGAAGACAUCUGCUCUCUGUUCUCAAUGCCUCCCUUCUAUUACUUGGCUUCAAAUGAUCUUUAAAGACUCCAUUUAUUUUUUCUUAUAUCUUUUGGUGCCAUGAGAUCCCUACGUGACCAAAACUUGCGAGUUUUGCUAUUAGCAGAAGUGGAGGAGGGGGGAGUAGAGGAAAAAAAGCAAUCUACGUACAUUAAAUGCUCUUUUAUCAUGAAGAAGCAAAUUCAGCUUUUCUGACAGUAAUAAUUACUUGAGAUACUCAUGCCACGACCUAAUUUAAACCAAGAACUGAACGUUCUUAGAUCUAAAGAAAGGGUACACCUCAAUUAUGAGGAAAGAGCAGCUUUACCUACGUAUUAAUGUCAUUAGCUUUCUUGCCAUGCUAUCCUUUGGGAUAUGAGUUUGCAUCCUUCUGAAAUGAAGACUCAGUGCUUCAUUUUCAGUGGUUUGCUAUUAGUUUCUUCUCUUGGUGAAGAAGGUUGUCUUUACUGUAUAUGUCUGUGCCAUUUUCUGUCCAUUUAAUCCUACAGGCUGAGAAGUAACAGGAACAGAACCCUUUCUGGAGCUACUAAGUACAGAAUUCAGUUUAAUAUCACACUGUACUUAGUGAAAAUAUAUUAUGACAACAAUUGAAAUAGCUUUAUCAUAUGAUCCAUACUUUACUGACUUUUUCAGUUAAUUAUAAAACUUCUCAUAGAAAUAGUGACACAACUUUUUUUUCCACUUUGUAUCAAAUAAAGAACCACAUAUAAAACAUGUAGAAAGAGAUCGUGAUUUUUAGAGUUAUUUAAAUCUACCCAGAAGCACCAAAACACUCAGCUUUGGCUUUAUUCUUCUAUUGUAAGCAAGCUAUUAUACUCUUACUGGAUUCAGCUACCAAAACAUAGCAAGAUUGUACUGAACAACUUAGAAGAAUAAGUCUAUUCCUGCUCUUCUCUGGUAGCAUUAUGCAAGCUAGAAGAUACAGAACAAACUGCAUUUGGGUGCUGAUCUCAUUCUCUGUGGCACAUAUCACUGUAGCAUUUUCCCAGUAGAUUUUUUUUUCCAGUAGAUGUGGUAGCUGAGUUACUUCUUGUCGUUAUUUAUUACUAGAUAAGCUUUUUCAGAAGUUGUUGCUUUUCAUCUGAAUCCAGCCAAGAUCUUACCUCUGGACCUUACCUCUUAUAUUAUUAUUAUUAUUUUGCUUCUGUAUAUUCAAUUCAGUUUCUUUUUUUAAAAUGUAUGUAGUGCUUCUUCUUAAAGAGAUUGUUUUAAAGGAUGGAGCUUUCUUUUUUAUUUAUAAAGCAAUUGUUGGGGGGGGUUCUGUGUUUUUUUUCCUCUCCUACUUUUAAAACAGUCCAAUUUAAAAGCCCCAAGCAAUUUUAGCCUUUUUCAUUUAGCAUUGAUUUCUCUUCAAGAUAACAGUAAGGAAAUUUCUCUCCUUAUCUAUCCUUUUCCUCCAGCAGAAUCAAUACUUCAGCACAAAUUAAGCAUUCUCUCUUCUUAAAGAGAUUGUGUGACAAAGCAGUGGUUUUAUUUAAACGUGGCUUUAAAUCCAAAGGACACUGUUUACUACUUAUAAAGGCAGACAUUUUCUGGCCCUGGCUGAUGGCCAGUAGAAGCUUAAACCAUGUUAUUAAAUAUAUUUCAAUAAUAAAGGAGUUUCAAAAGGUUGCUGUUCUAGUUCUGUAAUUACCUGAAAGUCCAUACAAUGAAAGUGUUGAUUGCUUCAAAAAACAGGGGGAAAGGAGAAAAAAAAAAAUACAACCCAACAUUCCACCAGCUUUGUAGGUAAUCCUUUCUUUAUUGUUUGCUAAACUACAGGGAGAUCUUUUUAUUGUUAUAAAUCUUACUUUUCAAUACAGCUGCUUCAGUGACUGGAUCUGCAGAGUUUGGAAAUCUUCUAACAAAGUUACCAAGUUUUGAAACUCUUGGAGAGCUCUUUAAUGCGGAGCUUUAACAACUAGUCACAUUAUUUAUGGUUUUGCUCAUGUCUGAAAGUGCUAACAACCUGCACCAAUGCUCACUUGUAAGACACCCCGCUACCACUCACACAGGAAAUGUUGUUUCAUCACCUCUCUGCUCUGAAAUAAGUCAAAUUUAUUUCAGAGGGGAGUGAAAUCAGCUGCAUCCAGCAUUUCAUGGUUUGAGUGUAUUUUAAAUACCAACUCCCAAGGCAAAGAUCCACUUAAUUAUUCUUAUUGCUGUUUUUGUUUGACUUCUUAAGUUUAGUGUAAUACUUAUAGCACAAGACUGUAUUGCACCAUUGCCGUCUUGUUCUGAAGUUUGACAGACAAAACUUAUCUUCUAAACAGAAAGCAACAGAGAAAUCAGAGAGAGAGGAAAAUCUAUUACUAGGAAUAGUGCUAAUGAAAAAGACAGUUCAUGAUGCAUAAUUGCACAGCUAGGCUUCGAGUUCAGAUUUUGUCCAGAGGAAGUCAAGCCAAAAUGACAACUUCUGUCCUAGAGAUAGAGAAAAACAUUCUCAGUACCCAAAAGGAUAAGAUGCUCAACUACCUCAUGCCUUCUUGAUGAUAAACAACGCCACUAGGAACAAACUAAUACCCUUUCAAGUACCAAAAAAGCUUUGUGAAGACUAGGUAUAUAAAAACAGGCAUAACUGUGGCACUCAGCUUCUUUCAAACUCCUCCUUUGAGCUCCCUAAUACAUUUUCAAUACUGAAAAUACUAAAUGCCACUAAUGUACUUGUUUCCAUUCAGUUUAACCACUGUCAAUAAGAAGAUUCCCCAGUUAGGUUCUCAUUGCCCUCACCUGCAAGUCUUCCUCCAAGGCUGUCUCGAAUUUUCAGCCAAGCAGCAGCUCACCAUUUCCCCAUCUAUUGUGGGAGCAGACCCACUCUGGGGACUGGUGCUCUUCCAGACAUCCCCAUGCAAUGACAAGUUAUGAUGAUGAACUAAGCAGCCCACUUGCAAAAAAUAUAAACUUUUGGUUGCAAGCUCAUGCAAGAUCUAAUGCCAUCAGCUUGCUAAUUAAGUUGGCUGUUUUAGUAGCACGCUCCUGGGGAGAACUGGUUGAAGAACAGUUCUAGACAAACAUGGUCUUGAAAGAUUUGUUUUAAUCCAAUGAAGGCAGCAGCUGUCAUACAUUGAUGUCUCCUUUCUGACCAACCCACCCUUCUUCCCUGUCACUGAAAAAGACAUGCCUGAAAUCCACAUCGUUUUACCAAGUCUUAAAGUUAACUAACACCAAAGAAAGAUCCUCCAUUUUACUUUGUACUUCUGCUGUCAUCCAGCAGGAUAAUAUUUCAUACAGUUGUUACUAUUCUGUAGUUAAAAUACCAGAACUUCAGGGUUUUAGAAUCUAGUAGAAAGACAGUGGGUCCUUCAUGAGCAAAAGCCCAUAAAGCACUACUUGUAUUCUGUGUUUGGUCUCUGAACCAAAGCUCUUUUUUGUCAGUCCUUUUUGUGUUCUCUCAUGUGCUGAUGCAUACACUCUGGCAACACUUGAAAGAUAUCUUACCAUAGUGAGGGAUUUCACAGGAAAUCCAGGAUCAAACAUAAUAUUUUAAAUAUAGAAUGUAGGAGGAGAAAUACAUGGCUGUUACUAUUGUACAUGUUCCGUAACUGCACGUGCAACAUAUGUUGUAUGUAGUUUUCCCAGAGGAAGUUCCUUCUAAUUGGCUAUUUUUUCCUAGCAAAAUAACUUUUAAACUCUAUUAUUAAAAAAAGUCAAGCUCAAACAUCUUGUGUAUAUACACACUCUCCUAGUCUAUUGUUUUGACAUGAAUUAAGUUUACUUUGUACUGUUAGGUUGUAGGAGAAGGGCACGUAGAAAGUCACUUUUCUUUUAAUGCCUAUUUUACAGUUCUUACAAUUAAUACAAUAGUCAUUAAGAUUUUUUUGGAGCUGGUAGCUUUUAUUCUUAUCCUGGACUGAAUCUGCUAAGUUUCAUGAGGCACUGGUGAACAAUCUCUUUCCUAACAACCAAAUUUAAACCAUAAAUCAGGGAUUUCAAAAGAGAUGAGACUUACAAAUGUCUUAAUUGCUUUGACUAUUUAAAACAUUUUAAAUAGGCCUGAGGUGCCCGGUUAUAAACAGCUAUCACAGCUCCAAUGACAGCAUACAGUCUAUCUGAAGGAGUUAUGCCUGCAUUUUGAGUCCCUCAGAGCAGUAAUACACAUCUAUUCUAAUACAUUUCAUUUUCUCAGGGCUAAGAAUAUUCAAGGUCCACAGAGAUUCUCCCUUAGCCAAUGUGCCAGUUGAUCUCCCUAUAUUAAAGGACACUCUGAUGUUUCAGGUUGAUACCAUGAAAAACAUGUUUGUCUACAGUAUCAGGCUACAGUUAUUUUACUAAAACUUUCAAGAGCCUUCCUCAGAGAGAAAACAGGUCACUGAAUUUUAGAGAGGAUCAAGGAAGGAAAAGGCUGCAUCUUAAAGAUCCAUUUCAAACGUUUCUGUUGUAUGGAAAAGGAUUCCUUUUGCUCAACGAUUUCAGCCCUUGUGACAGACUGAAAUGGGGGGAAAAAAACUCUAAGCAAUUGCUUCACUCCACAUUCUCAAUUUUUGCCAGCCAUCAGACAAGGGUGCUCAAAAUGGCCAAGUAAUCAUGCACACAUUCUUUAUCUGUGAUUAAAAAUACAGUUGCUUGGUUUUACCUACAUAAGUUUACCUGGGGAAUGGCAAGACCUGUACGCCAUGCCACAUGUAGGAGAAACUUCUACCAAGACAAAAAAAAAAAAAACUUACAUAUUUUGUACAUUGCUCAUAACAAAAAUUACAUAAGUCUAAGACUCUGAGCUGGUAAUUUGUACAGCAGUACUGUACACUGCCAGAGAACAAAUUAGACACACCUACAUGCAUCAGAUAUUGACAGACGUGUCAACCAGCAGAAAAUAUCACCAGCUGCUUUUAAUGGCUGAAUUUAAUCACUUUUCCUUUGCCAUCUAAAAGCUGAAUAUAUUCAGACAACUUUCAACCACUACAUGGCUGACCUAGAAGAAACACACAGAAAUUGAAGAUAAGUAACAGAAAUCACAACUAUUCAGCAGAGCUGUUCUCCUUUGAGGGUUGUCUAGACACAUAGAUAUAAGUGCUGAGCAAGUGGUUGGAGACGGAUGCAGUCAGGGAACAAGCAGGAAGGCUAAAUUCAGAACCAAGCCUUCAUUCAGAAGAACCAUUCCUCUACUGCCAGGAGUUGUGUGUUGAAGGCAAUGGGUGUUUUUGUGCCUAAGCACUGACAGAAAGAUUGGGCCACCUGUGUUAUGCUUUACCCCUUUCUAAAAGCAUUCUCAUUGUUUGCUUUUCAAUUGCCAUGUUAGACAACAGUUCCUUAAUUUCUUUAAUGAGAAUACCAGAAUAAUUUCAGCAAGCUACAAAAAAUCACUAAGCCUUAAGUUGGCUCUCUUAAAGGUGUCAAGUUGUUUCUUGGUUACUGUCAGAGCAACCUGUAUUUGUAGUUACAUUGCACACUCUGAACCUAUCUGCAGGACUUAAUUUGCCUGUGCUAUGGGUAAUAUCAGUUCUUAAGGGAGAAUCUCCAAAUAGUAUACUUUAAAAAUAACUUCUAAUAGGCCUGAAGAAGAUUUGCCUUACAGAUAAAAGCUUUAUAGUGAGCAUUUACAUGGUUUACAUUAUUGUUUUACUUAAUUUUUAAUGCCUUUUUAAGCAGUGACUAGACUUUCCUUAGAUAAGAGUACCUCUGUAUAGGAAAUAUUUUUACAAGAUUUUAUUGUGGUUUUUUUUUUUUUUUCAAUUUAAUAGAAUAUAAGCAUAUAUUGUAAGGCAAGAAAUUCAACGUUAGCGUAACAAGGUUAUCACACAGGACCUAUUUGUCCAUUAUAAGGUUUUGUAGUUAAGCAGUCUAGUUCAAUGGCACUGUGGCCUUUGAGUAUAAAUGUUAAAAAUGUGAUAAAAGAAAAAACCAUUAUCUACAGCUAAUGCACACUGUAGCACAAUAUUCUCCACUGUUGCCUUAAUUUCAUAAGAGAAAUUUAUAUAGUUUUUAAUUUAUAUUCUUAAAAACAACAACAACAAAAAAGAGGCAACCUUUAGCUGCAAUUUUGUUUUGUUAGAAGACAUAGCAUUGAACUGACUGAGUAUCAAAUAGGUCUACUUCCAAAGCAAGAGAUUUCAUUGCAGUUUUUAGGAAAAAAAAAUUCUCAUAGGAGUUCAGAACUUGCCAUUAGUAAAAAUACUCUCUGAAGUGCCCCAGUGACCAAAAGUGUCCUAACAGCCAUAAUGUUUCCAUGUCUGAUUCAGUGUAAUCCACAGGUCCAUUUGCCCCCCCUUCCCCUCUCUCCUCUUUGUUGUUUCUUGUGGUUUGUUUGUUUUUGUUGUUUUGUUUUUUAAUCUUUGAUUAUCUGGGGGAAAUGGCAUUCUACUUUAUUUUUUACUUUAUUUUUUUUUUAAGGGAGACGCAUGCCCAUGUGUGUAAUUAGAAAUACCUACAUUUCUUAGAAAUACAGAUAUGGAUGUGCGUGGUGUGUGCUGGUUAACUAUUCUUAAAAUGCUGAUAAAGAUGGUGAAUGUUAAGUAUUUGUCCUCAUUCUUCUGUCUUUCUGUGGUCGGUGUAAAUAAGACCUGUUUUAAGCUGUGCAUUAAUGUAACAAAUUAUUCCAAUAUUGUGUAUAAAAUUAUUUAAGUAAAUAAUAUCUGACAAAUAUGCACAUAAAGAAUAUAAAGAAAAGUCUUAUGUACCAAGAAUUUACUUAUGGCAGUCAAUUAAAAGCUAAAAUGAA